AUGGCUCAACAGACUAAGCAAGACAUUCAAGACGCGCUCCUGCGCAUCCAUGAGGAGCAUCCAGAGGAUUGGAACGCGUUUGAGCAGGCCAGUCGUCAAGUCCUUGCUGAGAUGGGCACUCAACGCGCCCUCGAAGAGAACCAGGCUGUCCUCAACACUAGUCAAGGAGAGGCAGACACUCACUCCUUGGAGACCGACUCCGCUCAGAACAACCCUCGCGCGGCCACAGCUACUGCCUCAAGCAGGGCCUCAGCUCACACUAAUGUGAGUGAGACUCACAUCAGGCCGUACCGCUGCACUGUCCCUGGCUGCGUUAAACGUUAUCAGCACGUUCGGUCGCGAUACCGUCACUACCAGGAGGACCAUAAUGGUGUGGCUAUCCCUCCCAGUACUGAUGGUGUUGUCUUGGACACACCCAAACAUGGAGAACAGACUGCCUGA